AUGCAGUCCAUAUUCAUGAUGUGAGCAAUGGCACCCCAAAAAGCUCCUGUCCAAUUAUUUCCAUUUUUUUUUAAAAAAGCAGUGUGCCCUUUUGACACCCAACAGCUCAGUAUAAUAUUAGGGCUGUAAAUUGCAAAAUUGUGAGUAGCAGGAAGAUAGUUUAAAUGUUGUCUAUUCACCCUAUACGUAGAUUGUGACUCCAAUUCCAUAGUUUGUUUUUUAUUUUUCUUGUGUGAUACGUACCUUACCAAUGCUGCUUUCACUCCUUUAUUCUUUAACAACACUAUCCUAUUGGAUCUCUGAACAUGAAUACACAUAAAACAAGAAUACCAUCUUUAAAUUUCAAAGCAGACAAUGAAGAAGAGCUAUCAAGUAGUAGAGAAACUUCUGAUAUGGAAAUUGAUAGUGACUACAGUCCUCCUGCAGAAUUCACUGACAGUAUCAGGAGAAGUGCCGUGCCGCGAAUGUCUGCAUAUCAAAACAUGGCAUCUAGAUCUUUUGAAAAAGAAGAAGAAAUAGUAAACCGUUAUUCUAACCUCUUGUCCCACAGCAAUGUCCAAGUUAAAGAAACAAACAAUGUUAUAGAAGAGGAGCUGGAGGAGAAGGAGGACGACAAGGAGAUUCAAUGGCCAUUCCACCUCUAUCAACCUGCUGACGAUGUUGUCCUGAACCAAUACUAUCCAGAUAACGCUUCUUCUAUUGACUUUGUUCCCAAGAUGGAAAUUCAGGAUAGUAAUCGAAUAAAAGGCGGUUUCAUCAACUCAAAUCACUACAGUGAAGCUGCCUACUCAAGAGACGCCCUAGCCCGACUUAUCGCCACAGAUUGUGAGGAAUUGUGUCAGGAUAUUGUGGAUCACUACCAAAUGCUGCAAUUAUAGUGCUAGUUGGAAAAAAACCAAAAAACAAUUAAAUCACAGCAAUAAUUACCCAAAUUUGUUAGUGAUCUACUUUGUCUUACACCAAGUUAAAAAGUCAGUUACCUUACAGAGACAAGGAGAGCCUUUCUUUUGGGUACUAUAUAGCAAUAUGAUUGGAAAAGAACAGAUAACCUACCCAAAUAAAGCAAAUAGAUUUGUGUUGGCUUUUAUUCUUCUACUCCUUUGGAAGGCAAGCUAGAUGGCUAUGACAUAGUUUUAUUAUGGUUUCCCUUUCUUAAUAUGAUAUGUACAGCAUUGUCAAAUGAAAGUCCGUAAGUUAAAGGCCAAGAAAAACAAAUUUGUUGACCCCGCACUCCACAGAUCUUCUACUUGAAUAAAUGCACAUAGAAGAUCUAAAAAAAGCCGAGGAAAAAAAAAGCCAAACUGGUGCGUACACUCUAUCUGUAAAGGAUCUGGAAACUUUGUUAAGUAUUCAAGCAUGAAAUGAGC